AUGUCUUCGUCAUUCGACCAGGAUUCUACCCUCGAGAAGGGAGAGAUGAACGAGAUGGAUCGCGUCGUCACACAAAAUGAACGCUCACGGAUUACCUUCGAGCCUGAGGACCGUCUUGAACGCCGUCGCCGUCACAGUCGCCAACGAUCAAUAAGCCGCGAUUCCAUCAGCAGUGUGAGGUCGCGAGCACAGUCAACUUCCGCAGCUGCCGGUCUCCCAAUUGAGUUUCGUACCCUUUCAUUCAAUGUUGCUCAUUCACAGACGGUCAACGAUGUCGUCUCAGAAUCGAAAUGGAGAUCCAAGACAACCACUAAAGCCAAGUCAACAACCAAGAAGUUCAAGUCACCAUUCUCGAUCAAGCAGAAGCCAAAGGUCGAAGACAAGCGACAGAACGAUGCAGAACACUUCGAGAAGUUAGAUUUCCACAUCCUUGAUGCCCAAUCAGUGACACAUGGACUUUCAUCAUCAUCAGAGUUGGGUUUGACACCCGAGUAUGCUUCGACUCGUCUUGCUACCGACGGUAAGAACAUGCUUCCUCGAAGACGCCAGAACUACGCCAAGAAGCUCUUUGAGUAUGUCUUUGGUGGCUUCUGCUCGGUGCUUUGGGUUGGUGUUAUCAUCUUCUUCAUUUGCUGGAAACCCUUAGGAAAUCCCGACCCUCAAGCAUACAACCUUGGUCUUGCUAUCCUCGUUCUCAUCGUCAUCUUCCUGCAAGCAUGUUUCUCUGCCUUCCAAGAUUGGUCUACUGGUCGCACGAUGAACGCCAUCCUCGAUCUUCUACCAGCUGAUGCCCUCGUCAUCCGCGGAGGCCAAACUACAAAGGUGCCUUCGACCGAUCUCGUCGUUGGCGACAUCGUCAAGAUCAGCAUUGGAAACAAAGUCCCUGCCGAUAUCCGUCUGCUGGCAACCUCUGGAGAUGUUCGCUUCGACAGAUCAAUGCUUACUGGAGAGUCUGAUGAGAUUGAAGGUGCUGUCGACUCUACUGACAAGAACUUCCUUGAGACUCGCAACAUCGGUCUCAUGGGUACUAUGGUCACCAACGGCUCUGCUACUGGUAUCGUCGUACUGACCGGAAAGAACACCUGUAUGGGUCGCAUCUCUAGUGCCAUGGCUGGCGCCAAAGAAGAAGCGACACUCAUCCAGAAGGAGAUCAACCGCUUUGUCAUCAUCAUCGUCGGCCUGACUAUCGUCCUUGCUUUGGCCAUUCUGCUAACCUGGGUUGGUUGGUUGCAUCGUGACCACCCUACUUACAUGAGUGUAGUGGCAAUGUUGAACAACGUUAUGGGAUGUGUUGUCGCAUUCAUUCCUGAAGGUAUGCCAGUCGCAGUUGCCUUGACACUCAUGAUGGUCGCCCGUCGUAUGAAGAACAGCAACAUCCUUCCCAAGGGUCUUUCGACUGUCGAGACAUUGGGUUGCGUCAACGUCAUCUGCUCCGACAAGACCGGCACACUGACCGAGAACAAAAUGGUUGUCACCACUGUCGGCUUCGUUGACGAACAGCUUACUGUUGCUGAAGCCCUCUCGAAGAUGGAGGCUGGCCAGAACACUGUACUCACCGAGCUCCACCGUGCUGCUGCAUUGUGUAACGAUGCUACAUUCGACCCCCUCUCAAUGGAUCUCCCUGUUUUGGACCGUGAGGUCCAAGGUAACGCCACUGACGGAGCUGUCCUCAAGUUUGCAGAGGUCGCCCACGCCAACUCUACCAAGAUGCUCCCCGAUGCUCACCCUCGCAAAUAUCAGAUCCCCUUCAACAGCAAGAACAAGUGGAUGCUCACGCUCCAUGACGAAGUUGGUGCCAACUACGAAGUUACUCCUGAAAAGACCAAGUACCUCGUCUAUGUCAAGGGUGCACCCGACAAGCUUCUUCCAUUUGCUACCUCAUACUGGUCUGCUAAGAACAACUCGGUAUUGCCUCUCGACGCUGCUGCCAAGGCUCAGUUCAGUGCUCUUCAGGAACGCCUCUCUCGCAACGCAGAACGUGUUAUCCUUCUUUGUCAGCGUCACUACCGUCCUACCGAAACUCUCGGCACCAAUGCUUUCGNNGGUAUCGCUGAUCUGACCAUCAUCGGUGUUCUCGGUAUCACCGACNCCCCACGCAAGGAGACUGCUCCAACCGUCGCUUCUUGUCGCCGUGCCGGUGCACGUUUCUUCAUGGUUACUGGUGAUUUCGGACUUACUGGUGCUGCUAUUGCUCGCAAUGUCGGCAUCUUCACCCACAGUGGUGAGCCUGAUACUUACGAAACCAUCGCUGAAGGCCAGACAUUUGUCAACGACAGCGAAAAGGGUGCUCGCGUAAACAACAGUCUUUUGCUCGAGGGUCCAUCAAUCAACAAGCUUACUGCUGAAGACUGGGAUAUUGUAUGCAGCUACGAGGAGAUUGUCUUCGCUCGUACCACACCUGAGCAGAAGUUGCGAAUCGUCAACGAGCUCAAGGACCGUGACAAUGUCGUUGCCGUCACUGGUGACGGUGUUAACGAUGCACCCGCCCUCAAGGCUGCUGAUGUCGGUAUCGCCAUCGCUGCUGGUUCUGACGUCGCCCUCGAAGCUUCUGACCUGGUACUUCUCGACAAGUUCGACUCCAUCGUCGAGGCCAUCCGCCUCGGUCGUCUGGUCUUCCAGAAUCUUCAGAAGGGUAUCGCCUAUCUUUUGCCUGCUGGUUCCUUCUCCGAGAUCUGGCCUGUUCUGCUCAACGUCUUCUUCGGUGUUCCUUCUCCUCUGUCCUCAUUCCUGAUGAUCAUCAUUUGUGUCUUCACCGAUCUUUUCCUCAGUCUGUCGCUCAUCAUGGAGAAGGAAGAGUUCGACCUGCUCACCCUGCCUCCUCGCAACCACAAGAAGGAUCACUUGAUCAACUUCAAGAUUUACGCUCAGUCCUACCUUUUCAUUGGUGUCAUGGAAACCCUCUGUGCACACGCCAUGUUCUUCCUCUACUACUGGCGCCACGCAAAGAUUCCUCUUCAUGCUCUCUUCUUCGCUUUCGAGAAGUACACCGAUGGCUUCUACGGAUACACCCAAGCCGAGCUGACCCACUUCAACACCGUCGGUCAAGGUGUCUACUUUGUUACUCUGGUCAUUCUGCAAUUCGGCAACUUGCUCAGUGUACGCAGCAAGCGCAUGUCUAUCCUCCAGGCCGACCCCUUCCGCAAGGAGCGUCGCAACCCUUGGCUGUUGGCUGGUAUGGCUGUCUCUCUUUCUAUCGCCAUUUUCGUCACCAUGGAGCCUGGUAUCCAGAACAUUUUCGGUACUGCCACUGUUCCCAUUGAGUUCUGGCUGAUCCCUAUUCCUCUGGCUUUGGGUAUCUUGAUUAUGGAUGAGAUCAGAAAGGUGGUUGUCAGAUCUUUCCCUAAUGGUCCUGUGGCCAAGAUUGCUUGGUAG